GCAUCUCAUUCGCGGCGGGGCCAAUUUCUCUUCUUCCCAAACUCCACUCGACCUACAAAAAAAAGAGAGAGAGGGGGAAAAAAAAACGAGAUUUGCGUUUGCGAUUGUUCUCCCGUAUUUCAAACACGUUUUACCGGCUAAAAACCUCCACGCGGCUAUUCGGGUGCCCUUUAUUGCCUUGCUCGAAGUAGGAAGCUGCCGCGAUUUGAUUGUUUGGUGAGGGAGAAUAAGAACGCUCGCGGUCUUUGUUCAUUCAUUUCAUCGCUCGGGUUCCCUUUGUUGAACGAGCAUGGGAGCACAAAUCUCCAAAAACGCCGGAAAGGAGGAAGCCGCGGUGGAGAAGCCCGGCGAGGCUGCGGCUGCUACGGCAGCGGCCAAGACUAAUGGCCAGGAGAACGGCCACGCCAAAACCAACGGUGAUGCCUCCCCAGCAACAGAGGAGGCCAACAAGGCCGAGGUCCAGGCCAACGGCAGCACCCCCACCGAGGAGGCGCCAAAGGAGGAUGGUGACAAGGCGGAGGAAGCUGAGAAGGAGCCAGAGGCCGCCGCCACAAACGGCGAGGCCGCUGCCAAGCCUGAGGAAACGACCGAAGACAGCAAGCAGAAGAAGAAGCGCUUCUCCUUCAAGAAGCCGUCCUUCAAGCUGAGCGGGUUCUCCUUCAAGAAGACCAAGAAGGAGUCCGAAGAGGAGGAGAAGGCGGAAGAAGAGAAGGCGGAAGGGGAGAAGGCACCAGCCCAGGAAGAAGGAGCAGCGGCAGCGGUGGAGGAGGAGAAGGCCGAAGGAGAAAAGGCGCCGGCCAAGGAAGAGGUCAAGGAAGUGGCCGUGCCCGAGGAGCCCAAAGCUGAUGAAGUGGCAAAGGAGGAAAAACCAGCUGAGGCUUCUUCACCAGCCGAACCCGAGGUCGCCGCAGCUGCCAGUCCAGAGGCCCCCGUCACCCCUGCCCCUGCUGAAUAAUUCUACUGAAGAACACGCCGGAAUGAAGGAGGCCCAUGAAGCCCAUCUGAAAGAAUGCGAGGAUUUGUCUGAAACCAGGGAUUUAGUUUUUCUUUAUUUUAUUUUUUUGUCUGUUUACUUCAUUUUUACACAUCUCAUCCACAAUGACUGCAAUGUAGGUUCUGGGACGAGCUUCCCCGGCCCUGUGCUUGCAUUCGUGGGUGAACGUGCAACUGUGAGCUCGAAUGUUUUUUCUUUUUUUCUUUUUUUUCGACAUCAUGCUGACCUAUUUAAUUCAAGUAUUUGGUGCUGGGCUAAUUGGAUGUAGCAGCUAAAGUUGUGCGUGUACUGUGCAGCGAAUCAAACAAAUAAAGGGAGAAAAAAACAAGCCCUCACACAAGUCUUAAAACAAAAUGUCGUCGUUUACAACUCUCGUGGACCACAAGCGUUCCCCUCUUGGCGGAACUAGAUUUAGCAACCAAACAAAUCUAACAAUAAUAUAGGUGCUUAUCACUUCCUCUGCCGUUUUAGACUCCGUCAUUUCCAAACUGUAGUAAUGCACGUUGUAUAGACUUUGAUAUUGCUGGUUUUAUGACUGAAAUGUACCUAAAUGACAUUUUUAACCCAUUGUAAAUGACUGUUUUCUUGUUAUUUUUUUUCUCCACCAUUUGUAAGACGAAAUAAAACUGGGAGAUGUUUUAAGCAAAAGCAAAACAGAAAAACCAACAAAAAAAUGAUCAAGCUGUGAUGAUUAUAUAACACUUCAUCUAUAGACUAGUACAUUUUAGAUAGGACAUCUUUUUUCUUCUUUUGUACAUAAAGAUUGAAUGUAACAUUGGCUACAACAUGGUAUUUGGGUGGUGACUUUCUGUGAGCACUGAAGAAUAAAGGAAAGUGUGAAUUGGCA